AUGGCACUAAAAAGAAUAACGAAAGAAUUACAAGAUUUGAAUAAAGAUCCCCCAACAAAUUGCUCAGCAGGGCCAAUUGGAGAUGAUCUAUUUUUUUGGCAAGCCACAAUAAUGGGACCAGGCGAUAGCCCUUAUGAAAAUGGAGUAUACUUUUUGAAUAUCAAAUUUCCUCCAGAUUAUCCUUUUAAGCCACCAAAAAUUAUUUUUACUACUAAAAUUUAUCAUCCUAAUAUUAAUACAGCUGGAGCUAUAUGCCUUGAUAUUUUGAAGGAUCAGUGGAGUCCAGCAUUAACCAUAUCAAAAGUUUUGCUUUCUAUUUCAUCAUUAUUAACAGACCCUAAUCCAGAUGAUCCGUUAGUUCCAGAAAUAGCUCAUGUAUAUAAAACAGACAGAACAAAAUAUCAUCAAACUGCUAAAGCGUGGACACAAAAAUAUGCACAAUAA